GGUUUUAGCUCUGUUCUCUUAUCCCUAAACCUCAACGCGCACACAUUCUAUGUACCUAUCCCUGCGCUACCAUUCACACAUCACACACUAUGCUAGCCUCUCUCUCUCUCUCUGCAUAAUUUGAAUAUAUUAGCAUUAGUAUGUUAUAUGUGAGUUAGGUUUAUUUUGGUUUGCUUAAAUGAAAAUCUCACGAAUUUCGAUCGAGGCGUGAGCCACUCAUAGAUCUCUACACUGCACACCCAGUUUCCUUUCUCCAUUUCUCUCAUCCUUCACCUCCACGCAACCUAACUCAAUCCAGAUCCACUGAAAAUCGAAAACAUGGUACCAGAGAGGCCGUGAAAGCUAGAUAGUCAGAUCGCUCAUUUACAGAAAGAGAGAAAGAGAAAGCAGCGACGGUAAAUCCUUCUUUGGAGAUUAAUUUAACACCAUUCAUCAUUUCAUGGUUUAAUUAACGGAAGAGAGAGAAAGAGAAACAGAAAAGAGGUUUGUUUGUUGAGCGAGGGUUUAUAGAGGAGAGAGAGAGAUCGGAGAAGAAAAUGUCGUCGUCGAAUUCACCUUGCGCAGCGUGCAAGUUCUUGCGGAGGAAGUGCACGCAGGAGUGCGUUUUCGCGCCGUAUUUUCCGCCGGACAACCCGCAGAGGUUCGCAUACGUGCACAAGGUUUUCGGCGCCAGCAACGUCGCCAAGCUGCUGAACGAACUCAACGCCGCGCAGAGAGACGACGCCGUGAAGUCGUUGGCGUACGAAGCGGAGGCGCGUUUAAGAGACCCCGUCUACGGUUGCGUGGGUCUCAUAUCGGUGCUGCAGCACCGGCUCCGGCAGAUCCAGGUGGAGCUCACCAACGCCAAGAAGGAGCUCGCCACCUACAUUGGCCCUCAGGCACUGCAGGGUGUCCCAACCACCGCCAUUCUCCAGCAUCACCAUUCCUUUGCCUCGCAGAUGUUCCCUUACAACGGCGCCAUGGCUGCUUCGCCAGCUAUUGCUCAUGGCGGACAGUUGAUGAUUCGCGACGCUCAGACUGCCCCUCCGCCUCCGCAGCAGCAGAUCUUGGAGGCUCAGCAGCUGGCUGCUGCGGUGGUGGUGAGGGAUCAACAAGAUAUGUUCAGAGGGUAUGAUCAACAUCAUCAACAGCAAGAGUUUCUGAGGUUUAAUGGUGGAGGGUUUGAUAUGGGUUCGGUUUCUUCCGGUGGUGGUGGGUACAGCCAGGUUAGUGGCGGUGGAAGUGGUGGUGGUUCUGGUGAUCAGUUGUCUCCUUCGUUGGCUUUGGGGUCUUUUGACAAUCCAUACCAUAUGCAGCAAGGGGAAAGCCAUGCUCACCAUCUUCCUCUUCAGGCGCAGCUGCUUCUCCCACCGCAGCAAAAGCAGGCUCAACAGCAAGCACAGUCACAGCAUAUUCCCGGCCACCACCACCAGCAACCUUCGGAAAGCGAGGAGUGUAGGAGUGUCGGUCCAUCUUGUUGAUUCCCAAUUUUGACACAUCUUACGCCUUCCUCCUUUUUUGCUUCAACAAUUUUCAGAUUAGGUUUUAAAGAUGUGCGGGGUCAAGUCUAGUUUGGUGGGAGCAGAAAGGAACAAAUGUGAGUGUUGAUGGUAGUAAGCAAAAGGGUAGGUUCAGGGGAAUGGUCUUUUCAAAAUGAGAGGAGAUAAAGGCUUCUGUUCAUCAAUUAUGAGAACAUGAGCAGUUAAUUGCCGCUUUGGGGUUGCCAGCAAAUUAAAGCAUAUUUAUUUAUUUAUUUGUUUUCUGUGAAGGAGAAGUCUCAUGCUUGCUGGGGUAACAAAACAAUGUUCUACAUGUCCGUGUGUUUUAUUUUUUAAUUAAAAAAAAAAACAAGACCAUAUAUAUUAUGCUCUGAAGUCAAGUAACGUAACUGUAGCGGUGUCACUGAAAUUCGGCAAUCUAUCAAUUCAAUGCCUUGGCUUUUGCAAUAGAUUUGCCAUUCUAGCCUCUUUUUUUUUUAAAUAAAUAAAAAACAUUAGCCUCCUUGUGAUCGUUCAUGUUUACCUAAUGAAAGAGACUUUAAGCUUUCUAUCGUCUGAAAAGGGAAUUUGGAGAAAUCGACAUGACAGCCAAUUUUUUGUGUUUUAUUGUUUUUCUUUUUUUUAAGUUGGUGUAAAAUAAUACAGAUUUCCAUUUGCGGGGUUCGACAAGUUAAGUCUUCUGCUUUUGUCGCAUCCUCAAAUAGUGAUCACACCACACCCUUUUCAUGUUU